AUGAAGUACUCUUCUGUGGAUGAAUUCAUAAAGAAACGCGUUUUAACGCGUGACCCACACCAGCCUGAAUUUGUGCAAGCAGUCCGAGAGGUGUUAACAUCACUUUGGCCUUUUUUGCAAAAGCAUCCAGAAUAUUGUGAAGAUUCCAUUUUGGAGCGACUUGUGGAACCUGAACGUGUUGUCCAGUUUCGUGUGUCAUGGGUUGACGACAAGGGUGAGGUACAGGUGAAUCGAGCAUGGCGUGUCCAAUUUAAUUCCAGCAUUGGUCCAUACAAGGGAGGUAUGCGCUUUCAUCCCACCGUCAACUUAUCUAUUUUAAAGUUCCUUGGCUUUGAGCAGACUUUCAAGAAUGCACUAACGACGCUCCCAAUGGGUGGAGGUAAGGGUGGCUCAGACUUUGACCCCAAAGGCAAGAGUGACCGCGAGGUCAUGCGCUUUUGCCAAGCACUGGUGACGGAACUCUACCGCCAUAUUGGCCCUGACACUGAUGUUCCUGCUGGUGACAUUGGUGUCGGUGGUCGUGAAGUUGGCUUCAUGGCAGGCAUGGCGCAGAAACUCACAAACAACAAGGCUUGCACCUUUACUGGUAAGGGUAUUGCUUUCCAAGGAAGUCAAAUGCGGCCUGAAGCUACCGGGUACGGUCUCGUAUACUUUGUGGAAGCCAUGCUNAUAUGCAUCUACUUCAGCGGAUAUUAUUUGUUGUAUUUCUUUACCUUUCCCUUUUUUGUUCGUAAAAACUUGUAA